GAAACAAUGCAUGUAGCAAUGUGUCAAGAUUCAGGAAAGAAGAAAUGGGAAGUUCUGGCGUUUAUUUCGGUGGAUUUUCUAGAAGCGAUUUGUAGAUCUUGACAAGGCUUACUCAAAAGGAUGAGACUGUAAAGACGACCGGAAACUCUUAUGGUGACGAUCUCAAGAAUGGUGAAUAUAGUACUAAUGGGCGUGUCAGGAAGUGGGAAGACUAGGGUGGGCGGAGAACUUGUUCAACAGUUGGACUUUACAUUCAAGGAUGGAGACGAUUUUCACAGUCUAGAGAACCGGGCUAAGAUGAAGUCAGGAAUACCUCUGACGGAUGAAGAUCGUGAACCAUGGCUUAAAACUCUGGCGAGUUUACUACGAGAUAAUGACAAGUUAAUAUUGGCCUGCUCUGCAUUAAAACAUGCAUACAGAGAAAAGCUCCGAGGGGAUUCGAGACAGAUUAUAUUUGUCCACCUGGUAGUUCCAGCUGAUAUUCUACUAAACCGGUUACAAUCAAGAACUCAACACUACUUCCCUCCACAGCUUUUAGAUAAUCAACUUCAGACUUUAGAGUCGGCAUCUGAUGGAGAGAAGAUUUUUAAUAUUGACAAUAGUCAACCGUUAGAAACUGUGAUCUGUCAGAUCAAACAGAUAAUUGAUCAAGCAGAAAAUUGAUCAAACAGAACAUUGAUCAAACAGAUCAUUGAUCAAAUAGAUAAUUGAUGAAACAGAUAAUUGAUCAAAUUGAAAAUUGAUCAAAUAGAGAAAUAACUAAACAUUUAAUUGAUCGAACAUAUAACUAAUUAAAUUUCUUUUUGUCAAUCUAUCACUAAUUAUUUGAAGUU